AUGGACUUCGUCUCCGUCGCCACAGCCGCGAUCGCGACAGACGCCGCUCACCGUUUUGCCGUCCGCAACGCUGUGAGCGCGGCGCAAGCAUCCCUAGACGCCGACCGCCGGGCCGCAGCCCGUGCGCACUUGCAAGACUUGGGCAGGGACUGUGACGGGGCGGGGCGCUGGUUGCGGCUCACUCGAGAGCUUGAGCAAAGCCGAUCUUCCUUUCACGAGGCUCAGAGCCGCAUUCGCUCUCUGGUGCCCUCCGAUGGAGCAGCCGUUGGCGAGGAAGUUCUCGACGCGGCGGUACGCAGCCGAGACGAGAGGCGCGCAGGCCACCUUGAGCGGCUCCGCACCUCGCUCGAGCAGCAUGAACGGUUUGCCGCAGCAGCGCAGCACUCCAGACUGCUGGCAGAGCUGCAGGCAUUAGAGACCGAUCCUGGCCCCGCAGCUAUGGGAGCGGGCCUCACUGGCCAGGUGCGGCUUUCAAUGCUCCGCGAGCGGCUCGUGCCACCCCUCGACGAAUGGGUUGGCCUGGUGCCGCGGCUGCAAGACGAGUUGGCCGAGCUUGAGGCGGCAGGCAGCAGCGCCCCGGGCCUGGAUGAUCUUCACCGCCUUCGUGAUGCCUGGUACGAGGCCGAGGACGCACUCGACAGGCUGCUCGAGCAGAGGCCGACGAGGGUCCGCGCGGGCCGACCGCAGCCCCCACCAGUGCCGCAAGCGCAGCUCGCGGCUGCCACCCGUGCAGUGCAGCAGUCGGAGCGCAGCCUCCGCGCCGAACGAGCUCGCCUCUCCGGCAUGGCAGCGUCGCACUUUCCGGAGCUUGCCGUCAAGGAGCCGCUGCUGCAGCUUGGCGCUGCAGAGGGAGAGCUCUUCCAGCGGGGUGGGAUGCUCGUGGAGCGCAGCCUCGAGCAGUAUAGCGGGCCUGGCGGCGCGAGCUCACUCGAGGUACUGGCGGACCUGCUCUCUGCGCGCCACCGCGUGCUCCGUGGCGAGUUUGGGCUCGAUGCCCACGGCCGCGGCGUGCCGUGCGUGCUCAAGGAGUACGUGCUCGACGGUGAGGGAGUGGAGUGGGGGAAGCUGGUGCGAGAGGUGUCCGUGCUCGCCAAGCUGUCCGACUCGCCGCGGUUCGUCGAGGUGCAGGCCGUCUUCCAGCAGGCCCGCGCGGGGCAGAACCUGGCAUACCUGCAGCUCCCCUACUUUGAGAAGCGGGACGUGUGCCACUGGCUGGAGAGCGACCCGCCACCGUCGACCGACGAGCGGCGCAAGAUGCUGCGGCAGCUCGCCGAGGCGCUGCAGCACCUGCACUCCCACGGCUACGCGCACGGGGACGUCAAGCUAGAGAACGUGCUCAUGUCGGCUCAAGCCACCGCGCACUUGGCGGACUUUGAGAGCGUGCGAGAGGAGCCCGCGCCGAGCGCUGUGCGCAGCGCGAGCCGCAGCGCCGGUGGGGGCGUGCGCACGAUGCGGUACGUUGCGCCCGAGCGGCGCUCGGGGCAGCCUGGGAUGAGCAAACCUUCUGCGGCGAGCGAUAUGUACGCGUACGGCGUCUGCGCUCUUCUCGCAUGCUGCGAUGGCGAGGGGGAGGGCGAGGUUGUCUUUGACGCAGCCGAGCAGCUGCGCGGGUGGAGUCGCGAAGCCGCAAGCAGCGCGGGCGGACCGCACCUGCCUGCACUGCUCGACGCACUACUGGACCUUGAGCAACCGGCGGCGACGAGUGUGAUGGACGCGCUGGCUCGACGGCUGAGCGCAAAGCAGGUGCCUUCGAAAGCCUUACACUUCAAGCCCUCGUGUGCUAACAGCUAA